UUCGACCAGUACGUUACGGGACAUUGGAGAAUUAGAAAGAAACACCUUCCGAAAAGUCUCGAAUUCGUGGUGAAGUUGACAAGUUUGUUUCUAGUCUUCUUGGAUAAUUGACAAGACAAGACAACUCACUUCUUGGUCACUUGGACUUUAUAAAACCUCCGCAGGCUUUCUUCUUGAGUUACUUGAAGGCCGCUUUUUUUGCCUUUAAAGAAAAUGGCGAAGACAAUACUGGUGAUCGCAGGUUGUUUGCUGUUGCUGACUUACGUAACAGCCGGUCCUGUCAAAGCUAAAGCAAAAGCAAAAGUAGAAGAGAAAGUUGAGGAAGAGCCGGAAGAAUUAGAUGAAGAAGAAGCCGCAGAGGAAGAUCUGGUACAAGAAGGUGGCGCCCAUCUGGGCAGAUAUGUAGGAGCCAGAGAUAAAGAUUACGACGAGUACUACGGUGAAGAAGACGCUUAUGAAGGAAAAGCUGGACACGAAAAAGCCCACAAAGCUGGUGCUGUCCAUGACCAUUAUGAACAUGAAGAAGCAGAUGGCUACAAGAAGCACAAGGAAGAACAUGGCGCCCAUGGAGCCCACCAUAAAGAAGGGCAUCAUUUAUAUGAUGAUGAACACAAACAUGGAGGAUACAAAGAUUUCAAGAAAGAAGGAGAAAUAUAUGACAAACAUGGUAGCGAUCACAAAGCAAAAUUAGAAAAGGAUCAACACAUUAAAGGAGUAGAGGAAGUAGAAAAACAUGGAGGCCACGGACAGGCUGGUGGCAAAGUCGGUAGCGAAUUCAUCAAGGAUAAAGGACACAAAAGUCACGGAUUCAAAAAUGUUUAUCAUAAAGAGGAAUACGGAGAACACAAGACCUUCCAUGAUGAGCACCGAGAAACAGAUCACAAGAAAAAAUACCAAGAUGAACACAAAGAUUACAGCCAUCAUGGUGGAAAACAAUUCAAGCACCAAGCUAACAAGGGACACUACGAUGAAAACAAACAUGGAAGCGACUUCCAUAAAUUCGGAAAGGCCGGGCAUGAGAGUCAGCACGAAGGUGGAUAUAAAAAAGGAGGACACCACCAAGCAGCUGGAGAUGCCUUCAAACAUAAUGGCGGCAAACACCAUAGUGAAGCUCAUGCUCAAGGUCAUCAUGCAGAAGGUAAGAAAGCUUACCACAAUGGACAACGUGAUGCUGGACUCCAGCAUAAAGCCCACCGAGAAGCCCAUCGCGGUCACAGGCAACACGGAGGACAUAAGUUAGCUGCAGGAUAUGAAGGAGGUAAAGCAUAUUAUGAUCAUCAUGAUGGCAGAGGUUAUGAUUCAAGUUAUGAAGAUGACAGAGAUGGACACCACGUAUAUUUUAGAAGAGGUUAAAUAGCGAUGACAGACACCAUGUUUACAAUCCCAUGAGUUGUUUGAAAAAUGUAUUAUUUAUUAGCUCGGUUUUGAAUUUGUCUUUCGCAAAAAGUUUUGUUGCAAAUCAAUGCAAUGCUGUCUUUCAGGAACAAAGAAAAAGGCAAUUCGAAUUAGAUACAAGAACUUGCAUUGUUUGGGGCUUGGAAAUAUCAUUAUAAAAUAUAAUGGUGUAUUAUAACCAUAUACAUAUUAACUGUUUUUGUAGAAUUUUAAAAUCCGUUCGUUCUUUGUCUUGUCUUGACAUUUCAUCAUCAUAAUAAUAGGAAAAGAAUUAGAAAAUAAAGCUCAAGAAUACAUAUUUGCAUUAUCUAAUUUUUUUAAAAUUUAGAAUUUUUCUGUGUUAGUGUAUAAAUAUUUGUCAGGAUAUUAUUUUUUUUUCCUUUAAUCUUAUUGGUGAUUUUAAAAAGAAGCACACAGAUAAAACAAAGUAUUAAAAAAAAUUGCGUUUUUAUUUUAAUUAAAAAUUAAUUGUUUUUCUUUAUUUUUGAAAUACUUUGAUAGCCACAAUAUUUUAAAAUGUAAAUUAUUUUCAAAUAUAAAUUAGAUUGUUUUCAGUAAAAAGUUUAAUAAACAAAACGAUUUUUUUAUAAAUAUCUAGUAAGUUAGAAAAAAUUACUGAAGUUUGAACAAAAUAAACUGAGUUGGAUUUUGAAUACAAUUUAAGCAUUUCAUCAUUCCACGUGCUCAUAUUCAUCAGUAUACCUUCUUCUCUUGGCAAAUGUAAAUUUUCGGUAUUUGUAUUCACCUAAUGACGUUGCAUUCAUGAAAGACAAUCUCUUUUUGGGAAACAUGAGAUGCUAUUUACAAAUUUAAAUCCAAUUCAAUAGAAUAAAAAUAUUUCUUGUGAUAAGGGGUUCGGAUUAAUACUGUGUAUUUGUAAACUGAUUUUGAACGAUUAUGAGAAAAAAAAAACGCUUUUCAUUCAUUGUCAUUACGUAUUUAUUACUGUUAUUUAUUUUGUAACUCGUGUUAUAUAUGUACAUA